GCUCGUGUGGGUAGACGGGUCGCUCACAAGAGUGAUUUGUUGCUGUUGGCGUGUCGCUUCAGUUGCACCAGGUUCUUAGUCCAAUGAAGAAAGGUGAUGUGGCUAUGGUAGUCAAGAAUAACACGUUGAUUGUUGAAUUAGCCAAGCGUAAAUACAUGAAAUUAGGGCACGAUGUAGAUCAGCAUGGCUACAUCCGUAACAGGGUACGUGAAUUGGGUCGACUCGUCAUACAACUCCGAGAGAACACCCAGCAACCAAAUGCAUCACUCGAAUCAUUUGUCGAUCCGCACCACCUUUCUGAUAUUGUGAAGGCCGUGCACGAUAUUGCCGGCUUCAGGGAAGACAAACAGUUGUACGAUACUCCGUUACUAGCGCUGAAGAUUAGUUAUUUUGUUAAGAAGUGUGCACUCGUCUUGGAAGGAAGUGCCCUAGAGUCCAGCCAAAAACACAAAGCGGAACGUGCGGAAGAGUUUCUGCAGUUGUGUGAAUUGAACUGGCGAGACCUUGUGUCCAUACACGCACACAGAACGCUGUACCAAGGAAAACGCAACAAAGUCACCAUUCUUCCGACAAAUGCUGAUGUAGUCCACCUGUCGUCGUUCCUUCAUGAAGCUGGCAACCGGGAACUUCAACUCCUCCGGGGUCCUCGGGGCAGAAAUAUCAGGCCAGCUUUGCAGAAAUUGAAUGAGGUCAGUCUGUGCCACCUCAUCAGGUUCAACCGAAGAAGGCAGGGGGAGGUUUCAAAGAUGAAACUUGAAGAUUUCCACAAGCACAGCACCGCCAAACUGGAGGGGGAAUGCCUGUUGAGUGAUUUAGAGCGCCAGCUGUGCAAGAUGUUCCGUGUUGUCGAAAUAGUCGGCAAGAGAGGCAGAACUGUUCCCGUGCUCCUAAGCAAUGAGGCAGUAGCGUGGUUGAGUGCCCUUGUCGCCAAGAGACAUGAAGCUGGAGUAGCCCAAGACAACUUCUUGUUCGCACGGUUUUGUUAUGGCGGGAGAGGCCACAUACGAGGGAGUGGCUGUUUAAAGGCAUAUGCAGAUAAGGCUGGCCUUGACAAUGCAUCCAGCAUCCGGUCCACCAAACUCCGUAAACAUGUAGCAACUGCAUCGCAAAUUCUUGUAUUAAAGGAACAUCAGCUUGAAACUCUAGCCAACUUCAUGGGCCACGAUCUGCCGGUACAUCGCGAAUACUACCAGUUGCCAGAUACUGUACAGCGGGUCACCAAACUGUCGAGACUUUUCGUGAGUUUGGAGAGGGGCAGCCUGCCUUCCCAGUGGGGCAAAUCCUUGGACGAUCUGCAUAUAAAUGGAGCUUCCUGGUGUUGCUGUUGCAUCACAAAGAAGGGAACCCUCUCCGCCAUCGACACGAGUGAAGCGCCGUCCCUGGACUACAGCGGAAAAGACAGACGUCCAAGAAGGCCUGCGCAAAUUCUUCCAGUUGAGGAAAGUUCCCGGCAAGCUGGGCAUCGAAGCAGCUUGCACUGUGGCACUGCAGGCCCGUACUUGGAGAAACAUCAAAGACUUUUGUCGUAACACAAUGAAGUUGUAGCCAAGUUAAGCUAUGAUACGCCACACCAGCCAUUCUCUCGACACAUUAUACCAUAUUGAUGACGAACCCUAUAGUAGUAGGCCAAUAACGCAACCUAAUUUUAGCGGCCCAAACAACCAAGA